GCAACCCUGCCUUGAACCAUAACAGUAGCUACAAUUCAUAAACAGUACAAAUGUCUUCGAUUUAUCGUAUGAUAAAAAAACUUACUUUUAUAAACCGAAAGUUUGCCGUCCUUCGUUAUAAUUCCCUUAAAAGUCGAAAUGAAUUUUUGCAGAAAUACUGUUGGUGUAAUAUAUCGUGGAAGUUAGCAGGAGUUGCCUUAGGAGCUCUCCUGUUCGAGUUCCAUUUACACAAUAAUAAGUUGUUUGCCACUUCUAAAAGUGGUGAACUUAAUGAUGAAAGUCCAAGAAAAAAGUGUAAUUUCAUUGCUGAUGUUGUUGAAAAAGUGGCUCCUGGAGUUGUUUUUAUUGAAAUCAAAUCAAAUUUAAGGAAUUCUUUUUACAAUUUUAGUGCUCCACAGCAGACUGUGUCUCAUGGGUCAGGUUUUAUUAUUGAAGGUGAUGGAUUAAUUGUAACAAAUGCACAUGUUGUCCUUGGACAACCAAAUAGUUCGGUACAGGUUAAGCUUCAUGAUGGAAGAAUGUUCCAAGGGAUUAUUGAAAAUAUUGACACAGUAACUGAUCUUGCUACUGUGAGAAUUCAAUGUAAAGGAUUACCAACUCUGAAGCUUGGUUCCUCAUCUACUGUCAGACCAGGAGAAUGGGUAGUUGCAGUUGGCAGUCCUUUAUCUCUAACAAACACCAUCACUGCUGGAGUGGUAUCCUCUAUUAACAGGGGAAGCUCAGAGCUUGGAUUAAAUAAAGGAAAAGAAAUGGAAUAUAUUCAGACUGAUGCAUCAAUCACUUUUGGUAAUUCGGGGGGCCCACUCAUUAAUCUCGACGGAGAAGUAGUUGGUGUCAACGCAAUGAAAGUUACUGCAGGCAUUUCUUUCGCAAUUCCCAUCGAUCAUGUAAAAGAUUUUCUCUCCAUUCUCAAGAAUUGUUCUUCAAAUAAAGGAGUAGAAAAAGAAAAUACUGAGAAGGAGUUUAAACGUCGUUAUAUGGGUGUUACAUUGUUGACUCUUACUACCGAACUGAUAACCGAACUACAAUUGAGGGGUACUGAACUUCCACCUAAUGUAAAACAUGGUGUGUUGGUAUGGAAAGUUGUUCUUGGAAGUCCGGCACAUUGGGGAGGACUUCAGCCAGGUGAUGUCGUUGUGUCGAUAAACGAUAAACCUACGAUAAAUUCUCAGGAUAUUUACAAAAAUCUUGAAGAAAAUGAAAGUCAAAUUAAAAUAUCAGUCAUCAGGAAACGAGAAAAGAUUAAUUUCCUUAUUUCCUUGGAAGAUUGAUCAAAUUAAUCUUUUCUGUUUGAUUUGUCAUGCAAAGAAUAAAAUUUUAAAAUCAA